CAGGCCUCUACAAAGGACCAUGCAAGAGGCCUUCUCUACUCCGAGAGGGUCACACGGGACCUAUGGAAGGCGCCAGGAGGCAGUCUAGAGGCUGUGGGGGUCACCACGGCAGGUGGAGGCGGGCCUCGGUGCGCGGCUGCCCAUCUCCGGACCGCCCACCCGGGCACUGGCCCAUGUGUCUCCUCCCCCGGAAACGGCGAGAACCCAGAGAGCUGAACCUGCUCCCUGGACCUGCAGCGACCGUCGUACACCAUGGGCUUCCACCUCCGGCCCUACCGUGUGGGGCUGCUCCCGGAUGGCCUCCUGUUCCUCUUGCUGCUGCUAAUGCUGCUCACGGACCCAGCGCUCCCGGUCGGACGUCACCCCCCAGUGGUGCUGGUCCCUGGUGAUUUGGGGAACCAGCUGGAAGCCAAGCUGGAUAAGCCGACAGUGGUGCACUACCUCUGCUCCAAGAAGACUGAAAGCUACUUCACAAUCUGGCUGAACCUGGAACUGCUGCUGCCUGUCAUCAUUGACUGCUGGAUUGACAAUAUCAGGCUGGUUUACAACAAAACAUCCAGGGCCACCCAGUUUCCUGAUGGUGUGGAUGUACGUGUCCCUGGCUUUGGGAAGACCUUCUCACUGGAGUUCCUGGACCCCAGCAAAAGCAGCGUGGGUUCCUAUUUCCACACCAUGGUGGAGAGCCUUGUGGGCUGGGGCUACACACGGGGUGAGGAUGUCCGAGGGGCUCCCUAUGACUGGCGCCGAGCCCCAACGGCAGCCGCAGGCCUGGAAGGACAAGUAUAUCCGGGCCUUCGUGUCACUGGGUGCGCCCUGGGGGGGCGUGGCCAAGACCCUGCGCGUCCUGGCUUCAGGAGACAACAACCGGAUCCCAGUCAUCGGGCCCCUGAAGAUCCGGGAGCAGCAGCGGUCAGCUGUCUCCACCAGCUGGCUGCUGCCCUACAGCUACACGUGGUCACCUGAGAAGGUGUUUGUGCAGACGCCCACGACCAACUACACACUGCGGGACUACCGCAGGUUCUUCCAGGACAUCGGCUUUGAAGACGGCUGGCUCAUGCGGCAGGAUACAGAAGGGCUGGUGGAGGCCACGAUGCCACCUGGUGUGCAACUGCACUGCCUCUAUGGCACUGGUGUCCCCACACCAGACUCCUUCUACUAUGAGAGCUUCCCUGACCGUGACCCUAAAAUCUGCUUUGGUGACGGCGAUGGUACUGUGAACUUGAAGAGUGCCCUGCAGUGCCAGGCCUGGCAGAGCCGCCAGGAGCACCAAGUGUUGCUACAGGAGCUGCCAGGCUGCGAGCACAUCGAGAUGCUGGCCAACGCCACCACCCUGGCCUAUCUGAAACGUGUGCUCCUUGGGCCCUGACUCCUGUGCCAGGCAGGGCUGGAUGGCUCAGCUGUGGACCUACUCUUGGCCUCUGGUGCUGUCAUGGCCCAUGAGUUUCGCAGAGGUUGUGACUGACCAUUCAAGGCCCCGAGUCUUGGACUGUGAAGCGUCUGCCAUGGGCAAGUGCUGUUUGUUAUCCUUUCUCUGUGGCAGUGAAGAAGGAAGAAAUGAGAGUCUGGACUCAGGGACACUGGAUGGCAAGAAUGCUGCUGAUGGUGGAAUUGCUGUGACCUCAGGACUGGCUCCACAGGGUGGGCUGGCUGGGCCCUGGUCCCAAUCCCUACCUGGGGCCGUGUGUCCCCCCUACUCCUAUGGGCUUUUCAUACUUGCCUACUGGGCCCUGGCCCCGCUGCCUUCCUAUGAGGGAUGUUACUGUGCUGUGGUCCUGUACCCAGAGGUCCCAGGGAUGGGCUCCUGGCCCCUCGGGUGACCCUUCCCACACACCAGCCACAGGUAGGCCUGCCACUGGCCAUGGGUAGCUAGAGCUGCUGGCAUCCCUGUGGCUUAGCUGGUAGCCAGCCUGACUGGCUUCCUGGGCGAGCCCAGUAGCUCCUGCAGGCAGGGGCAGUUUGUUGCAUUCUUCAUGGUUCCCAGGCCCUGGGACAUUUCACUCCACUCCUACCUCCCUUACCGCCAGGAGCAGUCAAGCUCUGGAUUGGGCAGCAGAUGUGCCCCCAGUCCUGAAGGCUGUGUCCCAGGAGCUCUGAUUUCCUUGGAUGUGCUGUUGGCCCCAGGACUGAAGCUGCCUCCCUUCGCCCUGGGACUGUGGUUCCAAGGAUGAGAACAGGGGUUGGAGCCACGGUCUUCUAGGGACCUGUGGAGAAAGGGAAUCCAAGGAAGCAGCCAAGGCUGCUCGCAGCUUCCCUGAGCUGUACCUCUUGCUAACCCCACCACCACACUGCCACCCUGUCCUAGGGUCUCACUAGUACCCAAGUGGGUCAGCGCGGGGCUGAGCACGGGGCUGAAUGGGACCCUGAGAGAGCCAGGGGUCCCCUGAGGCCCCCCUAGGGGCUUUCUGUCUGCCCCAGGGUGCUCCAUGGGUCUCCCUGUGGUAGCAGGCAUGGAGGAGAGUCAGGGCUGCCUUCAUGGCAGUAGGCUUUAAGUGGGUGACUGGCCACAGGCUGAGAAAAGGGUACAGCCUCUAGGUGGGGUUCCCAAAGCUGCCUUCAGGCUGGACUGAGCUGCUCUCCCACAGGGUUUCUGUGCAGCUGGAUUUUCUCUGUUGCGUACAUGCCUGGCAUCUGUCUCCCUUUGUUCCUGAGUGGUGGGCCCCGCAUGGGGCUCUCAGCAGGCUGAAUCUGGAUUCUGGCAAUAAAAGUACUCUGGACGCUGUAAGGUG